AUGCUAGGAACAUGUCCUAUAACGGAUGUUCAUCAAUUAUGGAACUGGGAUGAAAACAUCAUUCCACAUUGUCUGAUUGGUAAUUCAUUAAAAAAUUAUACGAGACAUCGCAAUUAUCCUGAGACAUUACUUUGUCAUGACAUGAAAGGAGGAUAUUUGGAUGAGGAAAGAUUAGAUGGUUGUGAAGUAACAGAUUCAACAGCUCCAUUUAUAUUUUUUCAUUGGUGGUACAUUGAUAUUUUUGUAUAUUUCUCACAUCAUUUCGUUACUAUUCCACCUUUAGGUUGGAUUAAUCAAGCUCAUAUGCAUGGUGUUAUAGUACUUGGGACUGUAAUCACUGAAUGGCACAGUGGAGCUGAUAUUUGUAAAGAAUUUCUCAAAAAUGAAGAUAGUGUGACAAAAACGGUGAAAAAAUUGGUAAAUAUUGCUGUGAAAUAUAAUUUUGAAGGCUGGUUAAUUAAUAUCGAAAAUAAAAUAGAGGCAGAAUCUAUCAUUUGCCUUGAUUUGUUUCUGAGAACGCUUACAAAUGAAAUGAGACAAACAAUUGGUGAACGAAGUCGUGUAAUAUGGUAUGAUUCGGUUACAGUAGAUGGUGAAUUGAAAUGGCAAAAUGAGCUGAACGAUAAAAACCAAAGGUGGUUCGAUAUUACGGAUGGUAUUUUCCUAAAUUAUAUAUGGAAUGUGAAACAGCUAUCGACAAGUGCUAUACGAGCUAAACAUCGUCAUCGGAAUAUUUUUGUUGGAAUUGACUGCUUUGGCCGUGGAUGUCAUGGUGGUGGUGGUUGGAAUUGUCAUGAAGCAUUCAUGUAUCCCCGUCAAAAUAAUCUUUCAAUUGCGUUGUUUGCUCCUGGAUGGAUUGUUGAAACAAUGCCUUCUCGAGAAAUCAUCAUUAAUUCUUUGCGAUUUUGGGAUCGUUUGAUUACAUUUGUUCGACCACAUCCGUUGACAACAUUACCAAUUGACACCGAUUUUAGUUCUGGUUACCAAUAUAGGGAUACUUGCAAGUACUAUAAUUUGGCGGAAGCAAAAAUGCAACCUUUUUAUCUGGCCAGUGGUGUUUUUCCAGAAUCUUCUGGUGUGCAUAUCGUCCUUCAAGGAUCAACUUUACAUAGGCUAUUUAUGACUAAUCUAUGCUUAAAUGGAGAUUACACUGUGAAAAUUGACUGCGAUGAAACUCUGCAACUUAUGCUGUGGAAAAAAGAUAACGACAAAGAGAUGAUUAAAUGUAUUGAAGAUAAAGUGGAAGGAGUAAAGAAUGCUUGGAAUUUUCAUGCUAUGGAUGAAAUUAUCGUUGGAAUUGGUUUACGUUCGCCAAAUUGUUGUGCUAUUUUACGUAGUUUUAUCUUUCGUAGACAACUUAACUUAGGUAUUUUAUCCAAGGAAUUAUGA